AUGGCCGAUGCUGUAAUUGGUGCUACUGUUCAAGUUUUGCUUGAAAAGUUGAUUUCUCUCACUAUCGAGGAGGUCAACAGCUCAAGGGAUUUCAACAAAGAUCUCGAAACGUUGACACAAAAUGUAUCCUUAAUCCAAGCUUUUAUUCAUGACGUUGAAAGACCACAAGUUGACAAACAACAGUCUGUGGAACAAUGGCUCAACAGGCUUGAGAGAGUUGCUGAAGAUGCUGAAAAUGUGUUUGAUCGAUUCAGAUAUGAGUCUCUCAAAACAAAAGUGAUGAGCAUCCGAAACUGCCCAAUGAAAAAGGUCAGUGGUUUCUUUUCUCAUACUGCUUUUAAAAGAAAGAUGUCUCAAAAAAUCAACAACAUCAAUAAAGAGUUGACGGCUAUCAAUAAGGUAGCCAAAGACCUCGGUCUACAAUCACUCAUGGUUCCUUCUCGGAAAAUACUACCAAUUCGAGAAACAGAUUCCUUAGUAGUUGCUUCUGAUGUUGUUGGUAGAGACAUGGAUGUUGCUGAGAUAAAGGGGAAAAUUUUGAACAUGAGAGAGGAGGAUGCUGUUCUGUGCACCAUUCCCAUAGUGGGUAUGGGAGGUUUAGGGAAAACGACUGUGGCUAAGAGGAUUUACAAUGAUGAACACAUCAAGCAAAUCUUUGAAAAGAGAAUUUGGUUGUGUCUACCUGAAAUGUCUGAAAUUAUGAUCUUUCUUGAACAAAUCCUCGAAUCACUGACAGAGAAGAAAGUUGAGGUUCAAAGGAGAGAUAUAAUAGUCAAGAAGUUACAAGAUGAAUUGGGAGGAAAAAACUAUUUGCUAGUCCUGGAUGAUUUGUGGUGUGUUGACUCUACAUCGUGGCAUGAGUUCGUUGACACCUUGAGAGGAAUAAAUACAUCCAGAGGAAACUGCAUUCUUGUGACUACUCGUAUGAAGCGGGUGGCAUCCACAGUAGCAACAGAUCUUCAUAUCUUGGGAAAGUUAACAGAAGAUCAUUGUUGGUCUAUUUUCAAACAAAAAGCAUUUGUUGAUGGCAGGGUUCCAGAAGAAUUAGCGAGCAUGGCCAACAAGAUUGUUAAAAUGUGUCAAGGUCUACCGUUGGCUGCAAGUGUGUUGGGAGGCCUCUUACACAACAAGGAAAAACAUGAAUGGCAAGCAAUUCUUGAUGGCAACCCCCUUGUUGCAGGUGAAGAUGAUAACAGGGAAAAUAGCAUAAAAAAAAUCCUAAAACUCAGCUAUGAUUAUCUACCAUCUCCACAUCUAAAAAAAUGCUUUGCUUACUUUGCAAUGUUUCCAAAAGAUUUUGAGUUUGAAAAGGACCAACUUAUCCAACUCUGGAUGGCAGAAGGCUUUCUCCGUCCAUGUCAAGAGACCACUGUGAUGGAAGACGUUGGGCACAGGUUUUUUCAAAUCUUGUUGCAAAAUUCCUUGUUGCAAGAUGUUGUGUUAGAUGAGCAUAACAAUAUAACACACUGUAAGAUGCACGAUCUUGUACAUGAUUUGGCUGGAGAUAUCUUUAAAUCUAAAGUAUUUGAUUCGAAGGGAGAUGAUGGAGAAAAACUUUCUCAAGUUCGAUACUUUGGAUGUGAGUCACCAAGGGAUAAAAUAGAUAAGAUAAAUGAGCCAGAACGUUUGUGCACACUGUUUUGGAGAAGCAAUUAUAUAUCGGAAGAUAUGUUGUUGAGCUUUAAGUUCUUGAAAGUUUUAAAUUUGUCUAGUUCAGGAAUCAAGGAGUUGUCAGCCAAAAUCGGGAAGCUAAUAUACUUGAGGUAUCUUGAUCUCUCGAAUACUAAGAUCACAACCUUGCCCAAUUCUAUUUGCGAGCUCUAUAAUUUGCAAACAUUUAGAAUCAAUUACUGUGAUUCACUCAAGGAACUUCCAUAUGAGAUGGGAAAUAUGAUAAGUUUGAGGCACAUUUAUUGCAGUUUUCAGUCUAUUGAUAAAAAAUAUUUUCAGAUGCCACCUAAGAUGCGACAAUUGACCUGUCUUCAAACCCUCCAGUUUUUCAAGGUAGGUUUAGAGAAAGGUCGUCAAAUAGAAGAAUUAGGUCAUUUGAAAAACCUAAGAGGUGAAUUGACCAUUAAUGGUCUAGAAUUGAUCGGUGAUAGAGAAGAAGCUCGAACAGCAUAUUUACAAGAGAAAUCGAAUAUCUACAAGCUGGCAUAUGUUUGGUUCCAUGACGAACCAGAAGGAAGUGAGACCAAUGAUGAGUAUGUCUUGGAUGGUCUUCAACCUCAUCCUAACUUGAAAACCUUAGCAGUAGUGGACUAUUUAGGGACUAAAUUUCCUUCAUGGUUCCGUGAAAAUUUGCUACCAAAUUUGGUCAGGUUGAAAUUAAGUGGUUGCAAAAGAUGCAAAGAAAUUCCAUCACUUGGCCAACUGAAAUUGCUUCGGCAUCUUGAGCUGUUAGGAUUCCACGAGGUGGAAAGCAUCGGACCUAGAUUUUAUGGUAUUGAUGGUAACAAUAAUGGAUCAAGCAGCAAUAUCCAAGUGUUCCCGUCACUUAAAGAACUAAUAUUGGAGGAUAUGUCUAGUCUUAUUGAGUGGAAGGGAGAUGAAAUUGGGGUAAGAUUGUUUCCUGAGCUUGAGAAGUUGAGCAUUAGCUCCAAGUCAAUUUGA